AUGCGUCGGGCUGCUAUCCAGGCUUUCCGUACUGCUCGGCGUGCACCAGUAUGGAAAGCUGCCGGUAAACGGCCGUGCCCGCUGUCCUUCUCCCACAACCAGGUCCGUGGUCUGCGGCCUUAUUCUGGCGGCAAACGUGCCUAUUCCUUUGUGCCAGUCGCGCUGCAGUCCUCCAUGUAUCUUCGCAACUUCUCCCUUGCCGUUAUCUCAACCGCUGUCGCCUCCGGGGCCUGGUACGCGUAUCAAGGCGACCGCAGCCCCCAAUCCAUCGCAACACAGCUUCGAGGGUUUGCCUCCAGCGCGAUCGCAUCUGCCUACGCCGAGGGCCCGACAGAGCCUCCGCGACGUGCUCUGCUGGUGGAUAACGACCAGUUCUACACCACAACGUUGUCUGGCGACCAGCCGCUGUCUAAAACCACCGACGAUUCGGAUCGUGGGGUUCUCGAGAUGUUGACCCCCGAUCAAGCUACCCAGAAGCUUCGGAAAAACGAGGAGUCAUAUCUUGUCAAUCGGGGCCAAGGUGUUGUCCGCUACGAUAUCGUCCAGGUUCCGAGCAAUUCGCCCAUUGAAGACGACCAUGCCGAGAAGAUUGUUGAGGUCCCGUCGUCUGUGGCUGCUGCCCGGAAUGGCGAGCCGAACAGUGACUGGAUGUUCUGGGCGGUGUUCGAUGGUCAUUCGGGUUGGACGACCUCCGCCAAACUGCGCAAUGUUCUCAUUUCAUACGUCGCCCGCGAAUUGAACUCCACCUACAAGGCCGCCGCGACCAACCCAUCCUCACUGGCUCCGACAUCCGAGGCUGUGGACGCGGCUAUCAAGCAAGCCUUCGUGCGUCUCGACCAUGACAUCGUGAACGAAAGCGUGGAGAAGGUCUUGAAGUCCAACUCUCGACGGGUCGCUGCCGAGCUCCUUGCGCCUGCUCUGUCUGGGUCAUGUGCGCUUCUUAGCUUCUACGACUCUCAGUCCCAGAAUAUCAAGGUCGCCGUUGCGGGUGACUCGCGCGCCGUUCUGGGCCGUCGUGGCCCCAGUGGGAAGUGGACCGCCACGGCUCUGUCCGAGGACCAGACUGGCGGGACUCCUUCUGAGAUGAAGCGGCUGCGCGAGGAACACCCCGGCGAACCGAACGUCGUCGCCAGGGGUCGAAUCCUGGGCCAACUGGAACCCAGUCGCUCCUUCGGCGAUGCCGCCUACAAAUGGACCAAAGACGUCCAAGACAAGAUCAAACGGCAAUUCUUUGGACGGACCCCCCACCCGCUCCUCAAGACGCCUCCCUACGUCACCGCCGAACCCGUCAUCACCACCACCAAAAUUGAUCCCUCGCAAGGCGACUUCGUCGUCAUGGCCACCGAUGGUCUUUGGGAAAUGCUGAGCAACGAGGAGGUCGUCGGUCUGGUGGGCCAGUGGAUCGAGCAGCAGCAAUCUAGCGGCGGCAGCAGCAAGUCUUGGAUGUCCAGCUGGCUUGGCUUUGAUAGUAAGAAGCAACUCCCCGUGGAGGCAGCGGACCAUGCCUCGACCGAGGGCCAGCGCCGCCCUAUUCGCCAAGAGCAGUAUGCCAUUCCGGAUGCUGCGAGCCGCUUUGUCGUUGAAGACAAAAAUGUGGCUACGCACUUGGUGCGCAAUGCCAUGGGCGGCAAAGAUAAGGACAUGGUGUGUGCGUUGUUGACGCUACCCAGCCCCUACUCUCGUCGAUACCGUGACGACCUCACGGUCGAGGUCAUUUUCUUCGGUCAGGGGACCGACUCUCGCACCGUCGAGAUAAACAAGGAAGCGAGUGCGUCCGAGGAGAAUCCCAAGCCCAAGCUCUGA